AUGGAUGAUCGAGAUAAACAUGAAAAUCUUUUUGGAGAUAUUUCUAGUUCUUCCAGUGAAGAUGAGUCAGAUAAUGAAAGUGAAACUUCUAGGCAAAUACCUUUUGAAGAUACUAUUAUGACGGAGGAUGAUUCAAAUUAUCCUAUUGAUAAAGAAACAUUGGAUGAAAAAAAAAAGAUGAAUUCUUUUCAUGUAAGUAUAUCAGCACCAAAUUUAGAAGAUAUGAAUUCAAAUUCUGGAUUUACACCAAUUAAAAGAGCACGACUACCCUCCACAAAGGGUGAUGAUAUUUUUGAGGCUUUAGGAAUGCUUGAUGAUGCCAAUUCUUGUGAAACUUUUGAAAAACCUCCAGCAUUUCUUAAUCUUAAUAAAGUAACAAAAACAUCUAUACUUCAUAAAAGUGCAACAGUUGGAGGUAAUUUAGCUGGACUUGACAUUUUAGAGGAAUUAGAUGAUGCUGGAGAUUCUUUUAGAAGUACAUUUUUACAGACAACAUUUGAAGGUUUAAUUGAUGAUCAAAAAUUUACUGGUAACAAUAAAGAAGAGAAACCAUCAAAUUUAAAUGACUCAAAUGAAGAUUCUAAAUUUGAUACAACAGUUGCUUCAGAAAUGGAUUUAGAUGAAAAUAUUAAAGAUAAUGAUACUACAGAUGAUGAGGAGGCAGAAAUAAAAAGAAAUGAUGAAGAUGAAAUUAUUCAUUUAAAAACACAACUGUUAGUUGGAAAUUUGGACAAAGAUCAAUUAGAUCGAUAUGAAGCAUAUAAACGUUCAUGUUUUCCACGAUCUGUCAUAAAAAGGCUUAUACAGGAGGCUACCAAAUGUACAGUUAAUGUAAAUGUUGUUAUUACAAUUGCAGGAAUGGCAAAGGUAUUUGUCAGUGAAUUAGUUGAAGAAGCUUUAGACAUUCAGGAGGCACUAGGUGAUACAGGUGAGCCAUUAUUACCUAAACAUUUAGAAUUAGCUUAUCAAACAUUACAAGAACAAGGGAAAUUGUUUGGAUGUAAAGGUUUUCGUAAAAAUCCAUUUUCUUAG